AUGGCCGUCUCGUCUGCAAUAGUUGAGAGGAUCGACUUGCCGCAAAUGGACGCGUCUCCCUCACGAUCACCCUCUGACUUGGCCUCUGAUUCGUCUUCCUCUUCCGCCGCCGCCGAAACGCCUGAUCGUAACGACCUUUCCAAUCCAUCUCCGAAUCCGAGCAGCCGCGAUGGUGAUGCUCAGUCAGUAUCAACUUUGAGAAGUGAAGAGUAUAGGCGAUUGUUCCGUCUUCCUGCCGAUGAAGUCCUUUUACAAGAUUUCAACUGUGCGUACCAGGAAAAUAUUCUUCUUCAGGGGCAUAUGUACAUCUUCGUUCAUUAUAUUUGCUUUUACUCGAACAUAUUUGGGUUUGAGACAAAGAAAGUAAUCCCAUUUCAGGAAAUUACAAGUGUAAAGAGAGCAAAGACAGCGGGGAUCUUUCCUACUGCAAUAGAAGUUAUAGCUGGCUCGAAAAAGUACUUCUUCGCAUCAUUCUUGUCACGUGAUGAAGCUUUCAAGAUCAUCAAUGAUGGAUGGUUUCAGAAUGGCAACGACUGCAAGGCAGUUGGAGAACAACAGGACUCAGCUUCUGAAUGCAAUAGCCAACAGUCAAAAAUAGAAUGCAAUAGCCUAGACAAUGGCACUGGUAAAUUAGAAAGCGCGAGCAGCUUCAAAAAUGGAAAUGAGCUGGUAUUGGAUGACAGGCGACAGGAUGACACUUGCCCCAGCGGUUCUGGUCCUACAUCUUGCAAUGAAGAUGACACCGUCCCAGUAACUACACAGUUGGAAGACAAUGGGAGCCAGGAUCAUGUGGACCAGGAUGCUAGAGAAGUAGAGAAAGCUGACUCAACAUCUUCAGAUGCACAUUGCAUGUGGAAUGAAGAAAACUGUGAUGCACCUGACAUAUCAACAUUAUAUACGAAGGUUGCUGAAACAAAGUUUCCGAUAAAGGUUGAAGAAUUCUUCAAUUUGUUCUUCUCCGAUGAUUCCGUUAGUUUCACUGAGUCUUUCCACGAGAGAUGUGGGGACAAAGAGUUGAAGUGUUCUUCAUGGAAAGUGGAUGAUAACUUUGGACAUGUUCGUGAUGUUUCAUUUCAACAUCCGAUAAAGAUCUAUUUUGGUGCAAGAUUUGGGAGCUGUCAGGAGGUUCAGAAAUUUCGAGUAUUCAGAAAUGGACAUUUGACUGUUCAGACGUCUCAAGAAGUCAAUGACGUGCCAUAUGGGGAUUAUUUUCGUGUUGAGGGACUGUGGGAUGUUGUUAAAGACGGACAAGGAUCAAAUGAGGGAUGCAUUUUGCAAGUGUAUGUGGGUGUUGCAUUCAGCAAGAAGACUGUUUUUAAAGGUAAAAUAGUGCAGUCCACCUUGGAAGAAUGUCGAGAAGCUUAUGGAAUAUGGAUAACCAUGUCGCACGAAUAUUUGAAGAAGAAGAGACUUGAGAAGCCAGAAGAGGAAAUUCGUCGUGCUGCUAGCUCAUCUGUAAAUCCCGAGGAGCAUUCUGAAAUACUAUUGAAUCCCACCGGUGCUUCAGAAAGUUCACCAUCUUUAAGCGAUCACCAUAUUACCCCACAGAUAGCCGAUUCAUCAAAUGCCAACGGACGUGUUGACAUUCUAGUUCAGCACAAUUUAAUGAGUGGCCCAUCAAUCACAUCUUUUGUGAGAGGAUAUGCAGCACGACUGUCUUCAUUUUUCAAGAGUCAAAGCCAAGUUUCCAUGAUCUUGAUUGUCGCAUUUGUAGUGAUUUUUCUCAUGCAGGUUAGCAUAGUGGUGUUGUUAAACAGGCCACAGCAAGCAAUUGUGGCUUCUCCAGGGGAACACCGCUUCGUUGGCAGUUUCUCUGGGGAGUUGGGCCACGAAAGAUCAUCUGAAACAUUAGGCUGGCUGGAGCGACGGAUGCACCACCUUAAGGACGAGAUGCUAAUGGUAGAGGCUCGAAUGGAGAGGUUGAGGCAGGAGUACUCGUGGUUGAGGCAACAGAUUGAGGAAUAUGAUGCAGUUCCAAAGCGUAAAUAG